GAACAUCAAGCUGUUAAUAUAAGGUUACCGUUAAAGUACCUAGACCACUAAAAACACUUUGGGUUUUGGGACCUACAUAUUAUUUCACCAAAACGUGAUCAUGGAGAUUAUUAACUGCUCUAGAGAGUGGAAAUCGAUAAGAAUGUAAUUACUGGUGAUAAACUUUGAUACCGGCUAUGUGCUUAUCUCGUAUCGUAUACUUUUUGCUGCUUCAAAUAAUAAUAUGACCACUACAGUUUACUUAGUGCCCCAUGGUACCUACAUAUACCUGAAAUGGCAAGUUCUUCUGAGGAAAAUCAAAACUGCUUUAGUUUUGAGGCUGUAAAAUCUUUUCCCUCAGUUGCAAAUGGAAAAAUAAAUAUUAUUUGUUUUUUGGAAGCAACAUCUGAUUUGAUAUCAUUAGUUGGUCGUCUUGGCAAAGCUUUUGCACCAGUUAAAUAUGAUAUGCAGGGAAAUGUUGAUAAGAUAAAAAUGCACUAUGAUUAUGAUAAGGACUCCUGCUUACUGGAACUGAUGCUUGAUGAACAUUCCAAAGGCCAACACACAGCUGUUGAAGGAGUAUUAUGGUUAAAUAGAGCUUUGCUGUUUUUUGAGUUAGCAUUCAGAGAAAUUAUUCUAUGUCUACAAUCAAGAAAUUAUGAUGAAAAUAUGAAAAAAAUAUUUACUGUUGCCUAUGAAGGUUCAGUUAAGAAAUAUCAUAAUUGGUUCACUCAACAACUUUUUGCUCUCAUUUGUAAAAUGUCACCAACCCUACCCCAGAUAAUGAAGUCAUUUGAAAUAGAAAAUAGUGACGCUUUCGAAAUGAGGCUAAUAAGCUUUAACGCAACUUUAAAUCCAGUAAGAAGUAAAAUUGACGAUUUCUUUAAGGAGCACAAUAUGUUACGAGAUUCAAUGUAAUUUUUCAUUUAGUAAAUUAUUCCAAAGUUUUAUAUUUGACUAAUAAUGGUAGGGUAUUUUUUCAGUGUAUUUAACAUUUAGUGUUAAUGUUACACCAACUGUAAUGUAGUUGUUUUUAUUAACUGUUUUUAUUUAUUUACAAAACUUUAAUUGAAAGUAGGUAUAAAUUGACUGGUAUUAGUCAACUCAAAAAACAAAAUUUAUAUUUGUAUAUUAUAUUUAUUUCGGAGUCAAUACCUAUCAAUUAAAAUAACUUUAUACCAGCUACAGUUAUCAAAUAACUUUAGCUGGUAUAAAGUGAUGUUAUGAUUAAGAGAUAUUACCAGCUGAGCACAAAUACAAUGUUAUUUAGUUAGCGAUGCUGAUCAGUGGUAUGAUAUUAAUUCAACACAGAAACAACUAAGUACCUACAGUCUUACAGAUGAUUCAAUGAAAAUAACUGAUGAAUUAAAUAUUGUACUUAUGGAUAAUAUGUAUAAACUAUACUAGUCUUUACUAUCAAUUCUUUUAAAAUUGGACAAUUACUACCAAUGGAUAAACAAUAUUUCAAAUAUUACUUUUAUAGUUGGUUUAAGAAAAAUUGAACCAGUGCAAAGACCUACAAUUUAUUUAUAAUGUAUUAAAAUAUGCAUUAUAUUUUAUCAUACAUAGUAAGUAUGUAUCUAUAUUAACAUAUUACUAUUUAAGUAUUUAGUAUAAGUAAAUUGGCAAUAGAUUCAGUGGUGCUCUCAGUAUUAUAUAACAUUUUUUUCCUUCAAUCAUGUCCCAUGACAAAAUUCAAUUCAAAUUAUUUUGUGAUAAUAUUAUAAGUAGUGAAUAGGAAUACCAAAGUGCUUGUAAAUUAUUAUGUUCCAAUCGAAAAAGUAUUAUUUACUUAAUAAAAUACUUAAAAUCUAAUAUUUUUGUAACUACUAAACACUGAUCAUAUUUUUUAAGAAAAUUCAAAAUUUAUUGUAUCUAACAAGUAAAAUGACAGAGAAAAAAAUACACAAGUAAAUAUGAGUGAAUGUAUUGUAUUAUUAUUAUCAGUGUUAAUAAUUAAUUAAUAAUAAUUUUACCUUUGUGAGAA